AUGGUUCCACGGAGCGUGUACGAAUCAUCCCCGUACACAGCAUCCAAGAUCAUCGGCCUCCCAGCCGACAUCCUCUUGACCGACACCCCCACGCGUUUGGUCGACGCCGUGGAGAGCGAGUUCGGCGGCAAGCUCCACAUCAUGGUCAACAACGCAGCCUACGACGAGAACCGUCCCGUGGGCCAGCUGGAUGCGGACCAUGUGGGGAAGAUCCUGACGGGGAAUGUUCAAACCCUGGUCUUGUCGGUCGAGCUGCUCUUCCAGAGAGGCUUUUCCCAACCCAACUCGAGGGAUCGUCAACGUUUCCUCCGAGAUGACCAGGGGGUUCUUGCCGAACUCUUUCUGCCUUACACGUCCGGACGAUAG